AUAGCCCAUCAAACGGGCUACAAACUCUGAGACCGGACACGUAACUUUCCCGUAGCCUCCUGAGCUUCACCAAACCAGCGACACCAAGUCAAAUGUUCGCCUAUUGAGAACUUACCUUCCCACGCAGCCCCAGCUCUCCGCCUCCGCCUCACGCUCUCCCACCUUUUGGACCGCCACCGGAACGCCGGAGCGCUCGCCGAAGGAAGUGGCCCGCAUGGUGGUUGAAGGGAUGCCCGAGACGGCCGAGGGAGGAGGAGUGAUGCUGAGCCGGCGAAGGGGCAAAGCCAGGCGGAGAAAACGAAAGGAGUUGUUCGCCAUCCAGAUGUGCUUUGCGGCUGUGCUGCUGGGGCUGGUCGUGGGGCUGCAGACGGUGGCACAGAAAGCAGGAUAUCAGACUUCUAUCUCUUUGGUUGUGGAGGAGGCAAAGUGGGAGAGUCGUCACCUUCUGCAAGAAGACAACAAGUCUAAGCUCUACCUAGAGCCGGACAAAAACUGCACUGAACCAGCGAUCCAUGAGUUCCCCAGAGAUUAUUUCACCAACCAGGAGCGCACAGAGGGAGCAGUGGGCCUCCAUGUCCUGUGUGCAGUCUACAUGUUUUAUGCCCUGGCAUUGGUCUGUGAUGACUACUUUGUCCCCUCACUAGAGAAGAUUUGUGAGCGUCUUCAGCUGAGUGAGGACGUGGCAGGAGCCACCUUCAUGGCAGCUGGCAGCUCAGCUCCUGAACUCUUCACUUCAGUCAUUGGAGUGUUCAUCACCAAAGGCGACGUUGGCGUGGGCACAAUUGUGGGCUCUGCUGUCUUCAACAUUCUCUGCAUUAUUGGAGUGUGUGGCAUAUUUGCUUUGCAGACCAUCCGUCUGUCCCGCUGGCCUCUGCUCAGAGACUCGCUCUACUACACACUGUCUAUCUCUGCCCUUAUAGUGUUCAUAUAUGAUGAAAAGGUGGUUUGGUGGGAAGCUCUGACACUGAUUCUGAUGUAUUUCGUCUACAUUUUGAUUAUGAAGUUGAACUGCUACAUCGUUCGUUUCCUUGAGAGACAGAAGAAGAAUCCAUCUGGGUUAAGUAAUGGAGCUGCUGCUAACGCUGAACUAGAUGAUGGCUAUGACGCUACAGCUGUCCUGCUGAAGAAAGCAAACCACCACAGAAAGCCAUCUGUGCUGAUGGUGGAUGAGCUGCUCUCUGCGUACCCCCACCAGCUGACCUUUUCCGAGGCUGGCAUGAGGAUCAUGAUCACCAGUCACUUCUCUCCGAGAACCCGACUCACCAUGGCCUCGCGGAUGCUCAUCACUGAGAGACAGAGACUAAUCAACACACGGACUCUGACCAACGGCGAAUCAGACGUCUCUGUCAAAGGAGGCGGCAGACGGGGCAUCGAAAAUGGGCUGUCCAGGGCAGAGAGGCGCCUCAGCAUUCGCCGUGACGAUCGAGAGGCGGGCAACGAGACGGAGAACGAAGACAACGAAAAUAAUGAGAACGAUGAAGAGGAAGAGGAAGAUGAGGGAGAUGGACCUUUUGUGCCCUUCCAGUGCCCAGCUGGUGUGUUUAACAAGCUGAAGUGGCUGCUGGCCUGGCCUCUGUGCCUGGUGCUGUUCUUUACCGUCCCCAACUGCUCCAAACCGCGCUGGGAGAACUGGUUUAUGCUCUCCUUUAUUUUCUCCACCCUUUGGAUUGCCUCCUUCUCCUACAUCAUGGUCUGGAUGGUGACGGUGAUCGGCUUCACACUCGGAAUUCCCGAUGUGAUCAUGGGCAUCACCUUCCUGGCAGCUGGCACCAGCGUUCCCGACUGCAUGGCGAGUCUGAUAGUGGCGCGGCAAGGUAUGGGAGACAUGGCCGUGUCCAACUCCAUCGGCAGUAAUGUGUUUGACAUCCUGAUAGGGCUUGGCCUCCCCUGGGCCCUGAAGACACUGGCCAUUAAUUAUGGCUCUGUUAUUAAGCUGAACAGCAAAGGGCUCAUCUUCUCUGUGGGACUCCUGCUGGCGUCCGUCUUCAUUACGGUGCUGGGAGUCCACCUGAACAAGUGGACGCUGGACAAACGUCUGGGACUCACAUGUCUCUUGCUCUACUCCAUCUUCCUGUGCUUCUCCUGUCUCAUCGAAUACAACAUCUUCAUUUUUGUCAACCUGCCAACGUGUCGGGAAGACUGAGACGCACCAGCCUUGCCACACACACACACACACACACAUACAUACAUACACAAAGUCCGAUCCACAGGUAGUGUUACGGAGGCGAUAGGUGGAGUUCGACAGAGGCUCUAAGUCAGAAUAGACUUGUUUCUGAGUCUCUUUUUUGUUUUUUUUUGGAGAGGUCCCAUUCUGCUUUUUUUUGGGUGCUUGUUUUCCUGCUUGGUGCAAUACGGAGCUGCUCUGGUGUUUACUCCCAAUCAGACCAGAGUGUGGGACUUUUUCCAGGGGCAGUUAUGGUUAAUAACAAGCCCUCACUGUUCUCAACACACACACACACACACAGAGACACACGCGCGCGUACAAACUCACACCUUCGUAUUACUGCAUGCUUCUCACAUAAACAUGUUUUAUUUUGAAGCUCUUGUGUUUAGGUGUGAGGUUUUCCUAGCUGCUAACUCUCCCUCACAGGCUACGCGAGGCCUUGUUGAGGAGAGUAAAAACGAUCAAAGCAAUGACGAAACUGCAGAGGAGUUGUUUGGGUUGUUGGAAGUCUCUUGGUAGCAAACAGACCCAGUUAUGCACAUGUGCACAUUACGUCCAGUCAGAGUCACUUUGUUGAAGCUCCAAGUGUGUAUAGACGUGUGUAGAGACAGUCUUCCUCUUCUGCUUUUAGACGUGAAACAACAGGCAACCAGGGCAUUACCUUUUUAUGAAGUGACUCACAGUUGUAGUGUUGUUGUUGUUUUUUACUCCUUCUUGUAUAUACCCUUCUCCUGUAUAUACCCCCCAGAUGAUUUAUUUAUUAUUUAUUCAUGCCACACACACACGCACACACACUUCUCACAUUUCUCUCGAGGUCACAGAAACAAACAGAAGAAUACCACUUAAACACAAAACAAGCACAACGUUUUCUGAGGGAUUGAUCUGGAAUUCUGCGUGUGGAUGUCAGAAAUGUCCAGUUUGCACUGACCAGCUCCAUGAGGAACAUCCUUAUAAAAAGAAGAGGAUCUUGAUUUUAUUUUAUUUUUUUAUUAUUAUUAUUAUUAUUAUUAUGACUGCUGCUCUUGUCCUCUUAAAGACUCCGAGUUAACAGACUCGAUAGAGCUGGGUUCAAAGUACUUCCUCUGUGGCAGAAUGAGAUUGGACCAGGGCUGACCGUUCUUUCUCUGGACAUGUCUUAUUUUGGGGGUUCUUCGUAUUUUGUUCUGACAAAUAUCUGGAUUUGUCCACUUAAGUUUUGUGAUAAGUCAAAAACGUCCUGCUAGAAUUAGAGCAUGUACUGUUGUGAUUUAAUGUAAGCCGUGAAGGGCAACAACAUCCUUCGAGGCUGAUUGUGAGACCAAACAUGACUUUCUUACAGAUGAGCUUUGGCAACUCCUGCAGUCCAGACGGCUAAUCCAACUAAACAAAGACUGUUUCAGAGUCUAGUUUACCCAUCAGUGGUAUCCCGUUUCAAAUCAACUGGUGUUCUAAUGUACAAAUCACAUGUUUCUGUCUGUACAUCAGUCAGCGAUAUGUGUCUGAUAGGAUCUUGUCUGUUUAUUUAGGUUUUUUUGUAAAUAUUCAUUGCUCUGACAGGGGAAACUGGGUUUGAAACUUAUGAAAUGCAAUAACUAUAAGCUUACUCCCUUGUCAGGUUGCAGCUUUAAAGACAAUGAGAGGUCUAACAAUACAAGCUGAGACAAGACAAUACAUGAUUUUGAGUUCACGAGAAUGAGACAAGAUGUUAGCAAUAUCUUUGGGAAAUUUGAAUCAGAUUUUCUUUGUUUUCACAAACACAGUAAAAGUUGUUUUUUUUUGCCUUGUGCUUCCUGAAGCUCACCCUCAGUUUUAACGUUAAAGCCAGUCCUUAAACUGAAGACGAUACAAUGCAGUCCAGACUCAUUAGGAACAUAAAAUUACAUUUUAGUUUUACCCCAAUAGGAAUGUAGGUGCAGAUGCUAACUUUAACUUUGUUAAUUGUCCAGUGGACAAUUAAAACUGUUGACGUCCUCUUCAGCGUUUUCUGUAACUGUGUGUUGUCAGCUAGUCUAAUGACCAGAUUCUGUUAAUACCACUGAACAACUUCUUCCUGUCUGACUUCAAAAUAAGAGUCUCAAGGGUGGUUGCAAUAGGAUUGUCAGUAUUGAAGACGCAGUUGUCAACGUCUUAGGCAAACUUCAUCAAGCAAAAAUCACAGAUCACUUGUACAAAUUCAGCUUCCAUCGUGGAAUGCUCUCAUUAUGUGGAAUUCUGUAGAAAUCAGGUCAACAUUUGAUAUUUAUUGAUUCAGGGCUGCUCUCACUCCUCUGGAGUGAGACUCAAGCUUUCUCACUCUGCCCGGAUAGGUCUCCUUUAGAACAAGAGCUCUUCCUGUAACCACAGCGCUACUUGGCCCUGAUCACUCUGCAGAUGGUUUUCGGUGUUUGUUGGUGCUAAGCUCCAGGUGAAUCCAGUUAGGAUGUUCUUGUUUCAGGUCAAACUUUCCUCCAUAACUUUUAAAACAGGUGGUUAAUAUGAAGCCCCCUAGGGGACAUGGAGGAUUUUAUUCUUCUUUUUCGUUCUCUCGCAAUAAUCUACUCAUCAGUUCAUGAGGCAUAAAUGAAUACUGUAAGUCUUUCUUACAGUGGCCAUCGAACUUUCUGCUCUAAGGUUUUCGUGAGGUUUUUCCAUGUAUGUUAAUAUCUGGUUGUGAAAUAUCUGAAGUUUUAUAUCUUUUUCUUUAGGACAGAAAUGCACCACAGACCUGAUGUAAACAGAAACUUUCCAUAAGAAGGAAAGAAAUAAAAACUAGAUCCAAACUAUUUGGACUGUUUCUGAGUUAUUAUCACGGGGUAAUAAAGUCAUCAGACAGUUUGGUUGUGUCUCUCUGUGUUGGUCUGAAUGGUUUAAAGAGCCGUUUUCAUGUGCAGAUCCAUCUCAGCCUCAUACAAACGGACAUAAACAUGCAGGCAAUCGAUCGAUUUUCGAUCAGUUUUGUGCAUCAAAGAGUUAAUAAUAAACACGUUUUCACUGAGGUUCUUUAAAUGUGUAUAGAUUCACAUUUUAAAUUGACAUUUGUGACUGUAUACAAAAUACACCGGUAAAUAUUCCAGUAAGAAUAUUGCGAGGGAACGCAAAAUAUUUUCCUCAUGUCCCCUAGGUGUCCCUCAGGGGGCUCCGUAGGUCCACCAGUCCAAAAUAAUCUCCUUGGUGUUUCCCGUGUUAAACAGAGAAACAUUGUUACUUGUUUAACUGUCUGCCCACUUCUGUUUGGUCACAUCAACAAUUAUAAUGAGUAUUUUAGGAAAAUGUUGUCAAUCUGCGGGGCAGCUCCGUAACUUAUCAAAGUGUUCAUGUUGAGAGGAAACUCUUACACCUUGAGGUAUAACGGUAGCACACAAUAUCGAUUGCACCAAACCUUAACUACUUGUAUCCCAAAGCAAUCCAAGAUGCAUUUACUAUGCAGCUUGUGCAGUUGUACUCAUGACAAAAUAUUAUUUAUCUUCUUGCUAUGAUCUGUCUCUUGAUAGCUUUAGAGCAGCGUAAACUGUGUGGUCAAAAAGUGGACCAGCGCUGCAUUCCAGUUACCUCUGAACCCAGUUAACGUAGAGAAGUCAGGAUUUCAAUGUUGCCAAACACAUAGACGUUCGCAGUACCUCUGAGCAUCAUUUUAAGCUUUACUUUCCAUAAGCAAACACCACUUUUAAUUUGUUUAGCUUAGAGUUGCAAGUGCUACCUGUAAACAUUCCCAGUCUUGUAAAAUACAAUUGUCGACGCGAGGAUCGGGCAUAUUGAAAUGCAAAUGGGCCUUACAAGUCAAACUGGGGGUAGUCAGAGUUUGUCCCUCUUUAUCAGUAGGAAGGCCUGGUAGAAAGUAAAAAAUAACAGAGUUCCAAAUACAAAUCGUCUCCUUCAUUAAAUAAUGGCCUAAGUUAUUUUUGUAAAAAAGGAACAAAAAAAAACAACAAAAAACGCCACCUCUCCAUUGCCAAAAGAUGAUUUAAGACUUCCUUAGUCAAGGACGGCUUUGUUCAUUAAAACCUAGAGAAAAUCUCAUUGACUCACAUCUUAACGGUCCAUAAAUAACUUUGAGUUUUAUUUUUACUCAAUUGACGGUGAGACUCAAUCUCUCUAACGUUUUUGUAUAUAUAAUAGAAUAUUUAAUAUUGUCAUGUCUUUGUGCUUCCUCUGAUUUCUUUGUCAAACACCUUGCUGAUAGGGAAAAGUGCUGACUUUGAGUUUUCAUCCGUCACUGACAGUACGUACACUGAAGCAUGUUGUUUAUCUCCACCUGGAACAGGUGGGAGUUUGGUCAGUCAGGACUGAUCAAAUUGAAAAAUACAUCCAGUACCAGUUGAUAUCUAUUUGUGUGACUCUUAAGGAUCGUGGUGGUCUGGGUCAAAUUUAGAAAACUAUCAGUGAUGCCUUCACUUUCUUUUAAUGGCCACCCUGGAUUUCCCCUGCUGUUCUCCAUCAUCCCAUUCCUCGACCUCCACCUUACUCUUCUGUUUCAGAACCGUAGCUAUUCCACAAAGUAUGCCAAACCGCCCUGACUCUUGUUGCAUCGGGAUGCCCUCACCAUGGUUAGCACAACCCUGAUGCCAUGUUAAGGGGUUCUCGCAGGGCCCUCAGGACCAAGCCUCACUGGUGUGUGUAGCUUUGGCGCACCACUGAUAAUCUGCAAAUUCUUCCAUAACUCCUCUGGAAUCCACCCGAAACGCUGAUACGCUACAUUGCCGUUAUGGUACGUUCUACCAUCCUGUGUGAAACUGCCCCGAAAAGCUUGUAUGUGCAAUCAAAUGAUUCCCUUUUUUAAUUUAUUUUAUUUGAUAUAUUUAACUUCUGACAACUUCUAGUGCUUUGACAGUGAACACUGCUCGUAGUUAAUGGAGCAAUCUGUCUCUGUGCUACACAGUAUUUUCUCAGUGUCAGGAGAUAUCUCGAACAGCAAACGCAUUACAGUGAUUACCAUGUUUUUCUUUAUCAUAUGUAUCUAAGAUCAGCUGCAGCAUGCACUUUACCAAUCCUUCUCUGUUCUGGGUGUGUGUAGUUUGUUGUGUUUGCUAGUCACUGCGUACACCUACUCCUGAUGAAGGCGUAGAAAAGUCUGGAGCAGUGACACUGUGGCUGCGUUCACACUUCAACCUGAAGUGACCCAAUUCCAAUAUUUAUUUUUUAUUUUUAUUUUUGAGAUAAUGCAAUCCGAAUCUGAUCUUUUCAUGACAGUCUGAACAACACAGGUCAAAUAUUUUUCGAAUGCGACCCGGAUAUCCGAUACCUAUCCGAUUCAAAUGUGACCUAACGUCAUCCGACCUGAACGUCACUGAUACUCGACAGACGUCACUAUUCUGCGUCCUGAUACGCAGCAACAACCAUGAUGGACUUUAAUGAGGAUUGGAAGUUGUUAAUAUUCUGGCUCCCGUUGCAGAACAACUUUAAAUGGGUAAGCUAUGCUCCACCGUUAGCAUCCAUGUUUACUUCGUCUUCUUUAUGGGGGUUGGCAAAACACUGAGCACCUAUGUGUGACGUUACUGCGCCCUCUACUGCGCAUGCGGGACACUUUCAGGUCGUUUGCCCGUUCACACUGGAGUACAAGUUGUGUGAUUUGUAAGUGAACGACCAUGGCAAAAAAAAAGAAGAAAAAUCCGGUUUGACAAAAAAUGGGAAUCGGUGUGAACGCAGCCUUAGUAUGGAGGCCGUCACUGUUCUGCACCUUUGUGUAUCUGAAAUCAACCAAAUCACCUAGGAUGUUCCCAUCGUGAUACCAGGUACCUUUUUAAGAUUUUUAUAUAGUUUGUGAUAUUCACAUUGGUGAUACACUGAUUAUGUAAAUAUGUGUAAAUAUAUGUGUAAAUGUAUUUAUAUAUAUGCAUAUAUUUUUGUCUGAAUGUGUAUAUGUGUGGGAAUAUAUUUUCAUAGAUUCUAGGUAUCCCCUGUAUUCCCGCCUUGUUUUUAAGGGCGCUGGUAGGUUUUUUUGUUUUAUUUUUUGGUUUUUGUUUUCUUUCUCUUUUUUGGGAAUUACAUGCAUGGAGAUAUUUCGCUAUGUUAAAUUAUCUAUGGAAAAUCUUACUGUUUUUUGAAAUGAGAGUCAAAUGGUUUUAGAGAGAGCACUGGAUGUAGUUUGAAUUCCUGACGGUUGCUUGCUCUUUUUCAGCCCCAGGUUGUGAUGAACGACUGUGAGUGUGUGCUGAAGACAUGGUCCUUCGCAUAUCGGAGCUAGUACCUCUUACCACAUACAUGGAUUUAGCAAAACUGAAUAUUUUGUGUUUAAAUGUUUCAAAUCUAAUUUCAGAAACCGUUUUGCAUCAAUAAAGUUGUCUUUGAUUAAAGAGUA